CGUGUAUCACUGCAUGAACCACAUCAUUUCCCAUUACUGCGCAGCGUUCACUUUCAACGAAUCUAGUUCGCCAUCAAUGACUCAGACUCAGGGUCGUGAAGGAGGCGCAGAGCGUCUGAUCGCCCUCUGAGAGUCCAGGGCAGCCGGGUAUUCGAGACAAAUAGCGCUGGAGUUCAUACAGCCUAGGAAGAUGGCUCUUUUACAGAACGAAGAAUUUGCCAUAUGGUACUUGCGGACUUCUUACCUUGCCAACGUUAAGGAUGGUGUUGCAGAACGAUUAAUCAAUGUCAAUUCUUCAAUCCUGAAUUCGCCUGGGUUCCGAGCUGCUGGCUGGACCUCGGAACCUGUUCAAAGGACAUAUUCUCCGCCAAUACCUACAUCUAUAAACACUGAAUAUUUCCAAAAUGGGGCAGAUCUUCAACUCCUGAAUUCAAACCCUGAUGAGGAGGAUGAAGGAGGGCUUGUGACGGGUCGAAUUAGUAAUGAUACUAUCGGCCCAGCGUUCAACGCCAGACGCCGGAGGAGAAAGGAACACGUUGAUGAAGACGACAGCAGUGACCUGACAGAUGAAUCGGAAGAAGAGGCUGAAGGUGCUCAACGUGCCGCUCAACAGAUCCGGUUCGCAAAGAUGCCUGCACGCGAUAGAGGAGACUCAUCCCCUGUCAAAGGAGCCACCCCUGACAUCGUAACAACCUCGCCCCCGAAACCACCAAUGAACACCAGGAAGAGAACUGGUUCACUGGGAGCAGUCGAGGCUGUCAAAGCUCGUGCAAGAGCUAACACUGCCACAAGUAGUGAUAUGUCGUCUGAAAACGAAGUUGAUCCUGCGUACUUCCAACGACGCAAGGUGCAGGCAGGUCAAACCUCCAAAUCUGCCCCCAUGUCCAAUGAAACCGGGACCAAAGGAAAUGCAGCGCCGACGGAAGACAUGCAAGAUGACUCCGACGUCGAGUCUGUGGGUUCAGCUUUGUCUUCAGAGUUGGGUGAAACCAUCGACUCUGCAUCUCUACUCAGAUCUGUAGAGGAUCCCAACCUCACAUCAUCACCACCCAUGAUGCUGAGCAGUCUGACAACAUCUGGCUCUGGAUCGGCACCUCGUCUCCCUGUCCCUGAGUCGCCCAGGAGGCAGAGAACAUUGCCCGUCCUGCAUGAACUGCCUCCUCCUCGACCCAUCAGUUUUAUACAGCCUACAAGCCUGCUCUCGAGCGCGCUAAAUGCGCAGAAGAAGGCUCCUAGUAACCCUCUCCAGGCCUUUGCCACAUUGUCUGGGAAGGGCACGCCGAACCCACUCUGGAUAAAAAUCUAUGCACCUUUCUCACAAGACGCUGACGAGCCUUUCGAGAUGCCACUCGCCCGAGUAUCGAAGGAUGGCAACCCAGUGACUGUGGCGGAGGCAAUUGGACAUAGCCUUUGGAGGUACCAGGAGGAAAAGCUGGAGCCAGCCCUUACUGCUCCACAUCUGAAUGUCAAUAAGUGGAUCUUGCGCAUGGUUGAAGACGGUGAGGUCGACGACGACUUUCCGCCGCUUGUUCGCACACGUCCUAUAACAGACUUCACAUACAACAACAAUCGAGGUGGAAGAGGUCGGUCACGGGAGCGUCCAUUUGACGAGUUCGCCCUGAUGGAGGCAUCGUCUUCCCAAGCCGAAGCAAACCAGAAAGACACACCUCAGUUUGCGCCGGCCACUAAAGAGGCAGUCGCAUCGGCUAUGUCCCCAGAGCCCACGAACGCGAAAGCGCAAUUGCAACCGCAACACCCUCCUCCGCCUAAACACACUCAAUCCAAGACAAGCAUACUUUUGGCAGGCCAGCCUUUUUCGUCGGCUUUGGCCAAUGCAUCCCUCACACCAGCAGAUCAACCUGCCCCGGUUGGGCCACAAGCCACACCACGCAUGGGGACGACAAAGACGAUUAGGAUAAAGUACUUUGAUGUCGAUGUGUCUGCACAAACCAUGACUAUGGAGGUCUCGACAGACAGCUACAUUGCAGAGAUACUCGACCACGUCUGCAAACGAUGGGGUUUCGAAAAGGCACAGUUCGUACUGAAAGUGGCAGGAACAAACACUGUCGCUCCAUUGGAUCGGACGGUCGAAGCUCUUGGAGCUCGGUCUGAUUUGGAUCUUGUGCGAAGACGAUUUGGAGCUGGAGUGCCGACAUUGACGGGCUCUCCAGGCAGCUCAUCACCCAAUGCGCCACUUCUGCUUGAUAUUCAAGGCCCAACGAAAAGCAAAAAAGGCCAGCUGCAGUACCCUUUUCAGAAGCAGGAACUGUCACAGAGUGCUAGCAACUUCAAGAAAUACUAUGUCACAAGAAAACAAUUGGCACCCUUUGCGCAAGGCAGCCAGAAGGUGCUCGUGUUCGAUGGAGACCUGCUUCAUAUGAUGCCCGCAGACACGACCUCGAACGCCAAAACGACGACGAUACAAUUCAGUGACGUGCUUCGAUGCAAAGUCAGCACCAAGCACUCAAAGCUGGUUCGGAUUACAUGUCGAAGGCCCACGGAAACGAAGCGAUAUGAUCUUGAGGCGCGAUCAGCUGGUGAGGCCCAGGAAAUAGUGGACGAGAUAACCCGGGAGAUGAAGAUGGCACGAGCUUAAGUUCAGUCCUUUUGAACAGAAUGAACGAAUGAGAGACAAGCAAGCCCGUUUGUUGUGUGAAUAUACAUAGCGAUAUACCCCUACUUAUCACCCCGAAGAUAGCCGAUGCUAUAUACUCGGCCCGUUGCACAAAUGGAUUUAAUGGAGGGGUCACAUCUACGA